AUGACGAUCCGGGUCCGAUAUCCUGGGGCCCACAUUGGGCAGGACUUGAUAUUUGCCGACGAUACCGGAUCCGACUUCAUGACUCUGCUCGAUUCGGACAUUGAUGAUCUUGAUAAUUUUUACCGCCUCCAGGGCUUCAAUGUGAACGCCAUAUCUCCUCAACUCAUCCGCCCAAUCCCGGUUAACACAUUCAGUGGCAAUGAGGAAUGGCACGACCUUUACCAAGUCGAGGUCGCGUUCCCUGACACUAAUGGUGCCCUGCUCACAACCUGGGAUCGUAUUAAUGUUCUGGUUUUAGCUGAUCCGAUUGGAGCUCCUACUCCUGAUCGAGUCAAUGGACCGUGGCUUCGGUACAAGCUGCACACGUCCACCGCUCCAACCCGUAGGGUUGAGAUGGGUAUAUUCCGCAUUAAAUCUGCUAUAGCACGAGGAACAUCCGUAGGUGUCCAGCCUCCGGAAGCAAGAGUCAUGAGAUAG